ACGCUGCUUUGUGCUUUUGUUCUGUGUUUUUCAGCGGUGGUGAGGUGAGUGUCGAGUGGACCUCAACAACUCAACAAACACGAACUUAUCUCUUCCUCUUCCUCUUCCUCAGAAGAAGAAGAAGAAGAAGCCUUUGGUUCUUUGAAUUCCUUUGUUGUAGAGCUGAGCUGAGCUGAGCCAUUCCAUUCCCCUCCCAGUUUAGUUUCCUCAAUUUCGAAAUCAAUCGAAGCAGAGCAUGAUCCACCUCUUUCCCAGUUUUGGACUUGGAUUUACCCAUACAAAAUGCAUCUUAAUGGUAAUGGGGUACUCUGAUUCUUCUUCACUCCCACUCAUAACCAACAAGGAUUCAAGAUUGUUGCCUUUUUGCUUUUGCUGUUCAUACUGACACUACAUGGGGUGGUCAUCACCAUUCAACUCCACAUUCAACAAAUAGCUUAUUCUGAAUCCAUUAAUAUUUUAGGGCUUUCAACUUUCAGUAGGUCAAUUUUUCACAGGAGGAGGAGAAGAAUGAAAUGCAAAGGCAAAUGCCCAGAACCAGAAGAAGAUUCCAUUGUGCUAAGUGAGUCUUUGGACUUAAUUGCCUUUUAUCAUUAUUAUUCCAUUUCUGAAAGUGAAGAGGAAUAGUUGCAACGGUUGAAACCUUCAAAGCUGCUUUAUAAACUGGGGAGAAUAUUGUUCUUUAUACCCUUCCCGUUGUUCACAACAAAAUCAAAACUUGCCUCCAACUCCUACACCCCUUUUUUUCUUUGAAGACCCUUCGUUUCAGGUGAUUUUCUUUGGACCAAUUGUUCAAAUAUAUCAUAUCAUAUCAUAUCAACAUCAACAACACAGUGCAGCCAGUGAUCCCAAGCAUCGAUGGGGCUUCUUCUUCGGAGUCUCGCGAUGCUUGUUCUUCUUAUAUGCUUUCACUCACUCCCACAUCCCCAUGUCAGAGCUGCCACAACCCAAGCUAAGUCGUCCCUUGAUGCAAUUCUCCAAGAUUAUGCCUAUAGGGCUUUGGUCAAACCAAAAACAGGUACCAUUUAUAAUGCCACUCAACUUCCUUCCAAUUUGAUUGGGGUUAAGGUUGCUGCAUUGAGAUUAAGGAGUGGCAGUUUAAGGAGAAGAGGUUUUCCAAUGUACAACGAAUUUGAAAUUCCCAAGGGACUCAUUGAGAAACCUUAUGUAAAAAGGCUUGUUUUGGUGUACCAAAAUUUGGGUAAUUGGUCAACCAGGUACUACCCUUUGCCAAAUUAUACUUACUUGUCCCCUAUUCUAGGACUUCUUGCUUAUAGUGGUUCCAAUUUGUCGGCUACAAAUUUAUCAGAACUGGAUGUAAAUGCAUCCGGUGAACCCAUCAAAGUCAAGUUCCAGGAUGUAAAAUCUGCUCCUCAUGGCACCAUUGCAAAAUGUGUUUGGUUUGAUUUACAAGGUUCAUACAAUUUCAGCAAUGUAACAGGAGCCAACACUUGCUCUACCUCCCAGCAGGGCCAUUUCUCUUUAGUGGUUGAGUACAUUGCUCCUCCUCCUAGUCCUACACCAUCACCAGCCUCUCCUGCCCCUGUACCAAGUGCUCAAGGGGAGAACAAGAGUAACAAGAAGGUCUGGAUUAUUCUUGGGUCUGUCCUGGGAGGACUUGUGUUGUUGGUUUUGUUUUGGUUACUAGUUUUGUGGGUGCUCAAGUGCAAGCAAAACAAGAAAAUACAACAGAUGGAAAGGGCUGCAGAGGGGGGAGAACCUCUUCAUAUGGCAUCUGUUGGGGAUACGAAAGCACCUGCUGCAACAGUUACUCGAACACAACCUAUCCUUGAACAAGAAUAUGCACCCUGACACCCUAUUUUUGCAUAAUCUUCAGUUGCUGUUCAACUCAUAUUCAAGCUCAAUUAAUGUAUUCAGAAAUUCUUCUGAACACACCUUUUUUUGGAGGUGUCGCUUCUCCCCGUUCGUUUGCUUAGGCUCUUGGUUAGUUUAUACCGGUGGUAAUACAAUAUUCUUGUGUAAAUCUGUUUAUCUCCUUCAUGAUUCAUUGUGGUGUGAAUGUAGCAGCCCAAAGUGAUUGUAUAUGUGAUGGAUUCAGUUGUUCAAAUUGACAAGGAAUAAAAAUGUAGCACCUACAUUUUGAAUUAUUUUUACUAUCCUCUAUGGGCGUGAUCUAUAAGGAAUA